AAAAUACUUUGCGAUUCUCGUUUACGUUCUAAAUUUGCUAAAUGCAUUGCCACCGAACACAAACAAAUCGAUCCUUUAUUCGAGAUCCUUUCCGAGUACGAUCAGCAAUGGGAUGGUUCACCAUUUCGAGAAUUUAAAAUUUGUACAAUUCGUAAAAUCCAAAAAGGUCGCAAUCAAGAAACUUGGCCAUGUACGUUUGAGGUCCAAUUUAAGAAUGAUGGGCAAAUCGGAUCAUGGAACGUUACUACGAAUGAAAAAAACAUAUUGGAUAUCAACAUGUCAUGUUUAGAUGCCGUCUAUUCUUGGAAACUAAAUAUCAAAACGACAAAAUUCCUUCCUAAUGACAAGUUUACUGCCCAAGGAGCUUUUGUUUAUAAAUUGCGAAUUAACCCGGAAAAUCGAUUAGUUUAUUCAAACACCGAAGAAAUAAAUGUGGUUUCAAUAUGCGAAAAAACACGAUGGAAAUAUUGGUGGGGCACAAAUUACAUUAUAGAAAUUACAAAGUAUGAAUUUUGGGAAUUAUCAAAGUAUAUGGAUGAUCUCCCAGGCGUUGAAAUUCCUUUGAAUCAAGAACCUCCAUUCAGUGUUACCUUUGGAGUUUCU